AUAUUAUUAGCAUUAUUUUUUCUUUUCUUUUUUUUUUUUUUUUUUUUUCAUUUUUCUUUUUUCUUUUAUUAAAAAAGACACGAAAAGAGCUUUACCAUAUAAUUUUGCCGUUCGCUCGCCUUCUCGCGAAGGAGAGACACCGAGGCGGCAAAAGAGACAGAGAGAAACAGAAACAGAUAGAGAAAGAGUGAGAGAGAGAGAGAGAGAGAGAGAGAGAGAGAGAGAGAGAGAGAGAGAGAGAGAGAGAGAGAGAGAGAGAGAGAGAGAGAAAGAGAAAUGGCGAUCGUAUGCGCGAGCAACGUUCGCUUCGAUGUUUGUGCGGAAUGUGACGAGAGAGAGAUUAUAUGCGGAGGGACGUAAAACGAGGAGUGAACUCGGAAAGAGGGAGAAAUAAAGAAUAGAGAGAGAAAGAGAGAGAGAGAGAGAGAUAUGGAGAGGGAAAGGAUUAUAUCGGCACAAUGUGAACAAGAGAAAAAAAAGUAACGUUAUGUCUGUCUCUUUCCCUUCUAUCGACUUUUACCCCUCUUUUCACGUUCUUCCUAUUUUUUAUAUAUAUAUAUAUAUACACACACGUACACUCAUACACAUAAUUAUUUUCUUUCAAUUUAUCCACGUCAAUCGAAAAAAAUAUCCUUUGUAAAAAUUCUAAAAAAAAAACAGAGAGAGAGAGAGAGAGAGGGAUAAUAUGUCGUCUGUUAAGAUAAUGACAAGAAUGAGAGAGAAAGAGAGGAUAGAAAAAAAAUUUUGAAUGCCUCGGUAGCGCGUCUGUGUCGUUGGUAAUGUAUGCAUGUAAUACGUGAGUGCGUGUGUCUCGCCAAUCGAAAGAAAUCAAGUUUUUAUUAAUGUUAAGCCUAUACACUCUGUAUAUGUCUUGUAAAUAUAUACAUAUAUAUAUAUCUAUAUCUAUAUCUAUAUCUAUAUCUGUAUCUAUAUCUGUAUCAAUCUAUUUAUCUAUCUGUUUAUCUAUUUACACGCGUUUACCAUUUAGGUGUAACUUUAUCUAACAAUCUAUUACAUACUCGUAAUAGUUACACAUAAAAUGUUACGUGUAAAUGAUAGACUAAGCAACGAGCGAGUUUCUUUUUUCUUUUUUUUUUUUUUUUUCCUUUUGGUGGAGGGGAAGCGAAUUGUGGGGUGAGGGCAGGAAGAGAAGAAAGAUGAUGAUGAUGAUGAUGAUGAUGAUGAUGAUGAUGAUGGCGAUGAGGAUGUGGAUGAGGAUGAGGAGGGGGAAGAGAAGGAGGAGGAUUUAAAAGAGGGAUAUCACAUCCUCCCUCGACAAAACUCUACUAACAUCCGGAAGGUUACCGAACGAAAAUAUUCGGCGAGAGUGAGAAAGUAUUCAGGGCAUCCUCGUGUGUGCCCUGUAGAAUGUUGCAUUGGAUGCACAGCAUCCGUUGUAAAUUACAGAACCCCACGCAUCAUCUCUCUCUCUCUUUCUCUCGAAGAGAGGGAACACGUCGUCCCACUGUGUUUGCUCCGUCCGUUCGUGACCGAUUUGUGACGCGGUACAUUAAUCGAGAAACGAGCAAGGGAAGCCUAGGGGUAGAGAGAGAAAGAGAGAGAGAGAGAGAGAGAGAGAGAGAGAGAGAGAGAGAGGAAAGAAGGAUGAAGAGGAGGAGGAGAAGGAGGACGACGAAGACGAAGACGAAGACGACGACGACGUCGACGAUGAAGAAGAAGAAGAAGAAGAAGGGCUCGAGAGAGCGGCGAGAUGAGCCGAAAAUAAGAAGAGAGCAAAGUGGCUGGUCGGUGCAGUGAUUCACGUGACCGGAAGUACCCCUUCCUCCCUCUCAAUCUUUCUUUCUCUCUCUCUCUCUCUCUCGUCAUCAUCGUCCUCCUUCUCCUACUUGGCGCGCGUAGCCUCGAGAAAGAGAGAGAGAAAGAGAGAGAGAGAGAGAGAGAGAGAGAGAGAGAGAGAGAGAGAGAGAGAGAGAGAGAGAGAGAGAGAGAGAGAGAGAGAGAGAGAGAUAGUCGUACAACAACGCCCUUCACGCUUCUCCUCCCUCACGCUUAUUUAUCCUUUCCUCUCUUCUACACUCGAACGAAUGCACGGGGGAGCAACGGAAGACGAUCGUCGCCAAGAUGUCAGAGUUCGCUGCUCCUCGGUGUCUCCUUCUCCUCCUUCCCCUGCUCUUCCUCCAUCUUCUUCUUCUCCUCCUCCUCCUUCUCCUCCAUCACUACCUCCUCCUCUUCUUCUUCUUCUUCCUUCUCCUUCUCUUUCUCCUCAAGAGACAAAUCCAACGGAUGUGUUAGAGAGUCUCUCUACCAUACAAAAAUGCCAUCCAAAGAGUCAAGGUCACGGGGGAAAAGAAAAGAAAAAAAAGAAAGAAAGAAGGAUACCACGAAGGUGGUGGUGUCCAUUGGGAGUCGUCCAUUAAAAGGUUGGAUCUCUCGUAGCUUUCGCGUGUACACAGAGAGUAAGAAAGAGGGUUAAAGAAAGAAAGAGAGAGAGGGUGGAAGAGAGAGAGAGAGAGAGAGAGAGAGAGAGAGAGAGAGAGGGAGAGAGAGAGAAAGAUGGAGAUAGAAAGAGACACAGUAGCCAGUUUACAUGAGCGAAGGCAACGUGCGUGGUGUGUUUUUGCGACUGGGCGUACCACCACCAGUGUUCUAUAUUAAACUCGACGAACGCGGGUCGGCUGAUUGCGAAACGGACGCCUGAUAUUUUCGUUGCAUCGUACGAGUAACUGCUUCCGGCCGAGGCUGCUCCUCUCUCUUUCGGAAGAGGGAAUGAGAAACAGAAAGAGAAAGAUAGAGAGAUAGAGAGAGAGAAAGAGAAAGAGUGUGUACGUAUACACACAUACACAUAUAUAUGUACGUACAUAUAUACAAAACAGAGAAGCGUUCGUGGCUCGCAUACCUUCUUCUUCCUCUCUCUCUCUCUUUCUUUCUCUCUCUCCUUUCUCUCUCUCUCUCUCUCUCUCUCUCUCUUGCUCUCUCUUCCUCUCUGUAUGCUUCUCUUUUACACACGACGCGGUAGACAGCACUCCGUGGCACGUCGUCUCCGUCGUCGUCUUCUUCGUCGUCGUCGUCGUCGUCGUCGUCGACGACGACAACGAUGAGGACGCCGAUGGCGGCCAGGCCGGAAACACCUACGCACACUGACACAUCGAAGGGCGACUCCUGCUACUUCUGCUGCUGGCUGCUGGCUGCUGCUGCUGUUGCUGCUGCUGUUGCUUCUAGUGACGCUGAUGAUGGCGAUCGUGCUGCCGAGAAUGGUGAGGAGAGCGAGGGGUACCCUUCGAGCUUUACCCAGGAACGAGCGCCUCUACUCCAACCUCCUCCUCCUCUUCACUCCUCUCUCUCUCUCUCUCUCUCUCUCUCUCUCUCUCUUCCCUUUCUUUUUCUUCCCUUUUCGCGCUGGAGUUCACCCAAGUUUUUACACGCACUCCUUGCUCUCCGAGCAUGGCCGUAACGAGUUUACUCCAGGAUCACUCGAUUGACGACGACACACGUCGAUCUCUUAUCGAAUCGAUUCGAACAUUUGAUUAAGAUUUUUCCAAGGAUUUUCAAUCGAUAUUUUCCUUCCUUUUUUUCUGUUUUCUUUUUCUUUGUUUUCUUUUUGAUAUUGUUAUAUAUAUAUAUAUAUAUAUAUAUAUAUAUAUAUGCGCGCACACACACACAUAUACAUGCGUAUAAUACGUAGAAGUACCUUUGGAUAGUUUCCAGACGUGACCUUGAUACAUCUACUUCAUCCUUAUCUAUUCAUCCAAAUCCCAAGUCUCUGAACUCGUACCUCGUACGGAUUUCUUCGCGAUAAGCAUACAAUUGCAUUCGCUAAGAACGCGCGCGGGGGUACUUGUGGAAUGCGGCGAGGUGUGCGUGAAAGAGACGUGACCUUUCCAAGGUCAGAUAUCGCCGGGGAAGAACGACCAGAAGGAGGAGGAUUUGCUUUAGUUUAGGAACUGAAAAUUGGCUUACGCCUUGGCUGGUGCGCGACUUAGCGCGUGCCAAGAGAGAAAGAGAGAGAAAAAGAGAGAUAAAUAGAUAGAUAGAUAGAGAGAGAGAGAGAGAGAGAGAGAGUUUAAAAAAUCGUCAGGUGGAAGAGUAUGGAUAACUCCGAAAAUUCCUUCAAGAUCAGAGAGACCCCUUCGACUAUCGUGCGCAUCGCAUAUCGUCAACUCAGUAUUAUGACUGGGAUGAACGAUCUUGCAAAUCCUACGUCUAACAAUGAUAAUAAAUUAAUUAAAAAAGAAGAGGAAAGUUGUAUGGUCUGUACGCGGCGUUUCUUUCGAUUACCGAUAUUUUUAUCGGUAACCUCAACCUUAUGCCAAACAUACAGAACAGUUAAAGAAUCCCAUGAGUCCGUUACCAUUGUAUUUGAUAGUUUGGAAAAUGGAUUGAGUAAAGGUGCCGAAUAUAUUAGUCCAAUGACCAAUCGGAUAGGCGAAACAUUGGAAACACCAAUGAAAACUGUCGACAAUUUUGUCUGCAUUGGUUUGGACUUUUUAGAAGAGAAAGUACCUUCCAUUAAACUAUCACCCUAUGAGAUGUUCCAAAAUAUCAGCAAUAACAUCAGACAUGUAGCUUCAUCAACGAUGAAUACAUUUGUUAUUAUGUUAUCCAACAUUAUUGGCCACGUUGAUCAACUGGAAGCAUCCAUGGAUAAAGAUGUCAAAAAGAAUGACGAUAAGAAUAAUAAUAUUCUUCAGAAAGUCAAGUGAUCAUAAAGUUAAAUAAAUUUUUUGAUUAUCUUUACUGUAGACACUUGUAAAAAAGAACAUGUACAUUUGAAGUACAUACAUUCAUUCAACACAAAUAUAUAUAUAUAUAUAUGUGUGUGAGUGCGUGUGUAUAUAUAUAUUUAUACAUAUAUAUGAGUACUAUCAAAUGAUUCUUAUUCAAUUUUAUAGUGUUGACGGUGAAUUAUAGAGAUCUCGUUCAUAUAUUUGUAAGUCGUUAUAUGCAAUAUAAUUUUCUUAUUAUGUAAUAAGAUUCUUCUUAAUAAAUAUUUUCAUUAGGGUAUUAUUAUAUAUGUUA